UAAUUUGAAGAUGCAUCAUCGACCUAUUUAAAAGAGCAACUCAAAGCCAAUAAUUUUAUUCGCUGUUGGAAGUUUCAUCAAACAGUUACUAACAUUUUUAAAAGAAUUUCCUUUAAAUCGUCGAACUGGGUAACGUAACAAUGCAAAAGACCAACAAAAUGUUUGGAGUUACGCUCCUUCAGAUGAAUGUAACGGAUCGAAAACAUGACAAUGUUACCAACGCCAUGCGCCUGAUUCGUAUGACUGUGGAAAAGGAUCGAUCAAAAAUGGUCGUCCUACCGGAAAUGUUCACCACACCGCAUGGCCGACGCGAUCUAUUCGAGCAAAAUGCUGAACUGAUUCCGACCGGUGAAACAUGUAUGAUGUUGUCCAAUAUUGCCAAGGAAUUGAAAAUCUAUAUCGUCGCUGGACUUCCCGAACGAGAUGAACGCGACAAGAGUAUCUGGUACAAUACGAUAGUGGUAUUCAAGAAUACUGGCGAUUUUUUGGUCAAACAUCGACAGGUUCAUUUGGUUGAUAUGGAUUUGAUGGACAUGAAAAUGAAGGAGUCUGAUUUCCUAACUGCUGGCAACACAUUGACCACAUUCGAUAUGGACGGUGUUAAAAUUGGUUUGGGCAUAUGCUGUGAUCUAUUUUACAGUGAAAUGGCCACACUUUAUCGCAAAUUUGGCUGUGAUAUGAUGAUUUACACAACGGCAUAUCCUAAGAUGAUCGGGGAAAUGUUCACCGAUAUGCUAACCAAAACUCGGGCUGCCGACAAUCAAAUGUUUGUUAUGACAAUUUCUCAAGCUCGUAUGGAUGAACGAAUGAUGGACAUGGUAUACGGACACUCAUUAAUUGUGGAUGGAUAUGGAAAGGUCUUGAAACGGUUAAACGACCGAGAGGAUCUGCUGUACCUAGAUAUUGAUUUGACCGACUUGGAAAAGUACCGCAGGGAUAUUAAAUUAUUGGACCAUAAGAGAACAGAUAUCUAUGACCUCGUCUACAAGAAAUAAACAGUGACAAUUUGUGUGUCUUACCCUAAAUAAAAAGAAAUUUUAGCAAGACCAAAAA